GGUCGCUGCAGAGAGCAGCGGCAGCGGGAGGAGCCGGGCGCGCCCGCCACGCAAAACCACCGCUCUAGCUGGGUGGCGAGCAGGCUGCGCGAUCCCAGGUGGCAGCGGUGACAGUGACAGCGGCAGCGGCAGUAGUCUGUGCGCUUCCUCUCCCAGGAGCACUCGCAUCCCGCCUCCGCCGCGCCUCUGAGCUGCCGGCGAUCCCGGGAGCCCCGGCCCACGCGCCCACGGCCGAGCCCCGCGCACAAUAGCGGCGGUCGCAGCUGCGGCUCCAAACCUGGACACCAGCCAUGGGGAAGACGGCGAGGAAGGGAUAUGACUACAAGCGCUUCCUGAAGAAUAACUGGUUGCUGCUCUCCACGGUGGCCGCGGUGGUGCUAGGCAUUGCUAUAGGAGUCUUAGUUCGAGAAUACAGCAAGCUCUCGAAUCUGGAGAAAUUCUACUUUGCUUUUCCUGGAGAAAUUCUAAUGAGGAUGCUGAAACUCAUCAUUUUGCCAUUAAUUAUAUCCAGCAUGAUUACAGGUGUUGCUGCACUGGACUCCAGUGUAUCUGGAAAAAUUGGACUGCGUGCUGUAGUAUAUUAUUUCUGUACCACCAUCAUUGCUGUAAUUCUAGGUAUUGUGCUGGUGGUAAGCAUCAAGCCUGGUGUCACCCAGAAGGUGUCUGAAAUCGACAGGAUGGGGAGCACCCCGGAAGUCAGUACAGUAGAUGCCAUGUUAGACCUGAUCAGGAAUAUGUUCCCUGAGAACCUUGUCCAAGCCUGUUUUCAGCAGUACAAAACCAAGCGUGAAGAAGUAAAGCCCCCCAGUGAUUCCCGGAGGAACAUGACAGAGGAGCCUGUCACCACCAUGAUGUCCACAGUUUCCGAGAACAAAACAAAGGAAUACAGAAUUGUGGGCAUGUAUUCAGAUGGCAUAAAUGUUCUAGGCUUGAUUAUCUUUUGCCUCGUUUUCGGACUUGUCAUUGGAAAAAUGGGAGAAAAGGGACAGAUUCUGGUGGAUUUCUUCAACGCCUUGAGUGACGCAACCAUGAAAAUUGUUCAGAUCAUUAUGUGUUACAUGCCACUUGGUAUUUUGUUCCUGAUUGCUGGGAAGAUCAUAGAAGUUGAAGACUGGGAAAUAUUCCGCAAGCUGGGUCUUUACAUGGCUACUGUCCUGAGUGGGCUUGCCAUCCACUCCAUUGUAAUUCUCCCACUGAUAUAUUUCAUAGUCGUCCGGAAGAACCCUUUCCGAUUUGCCAUGGGCAUGGCCCAGGCUCUCCUGACAGCUCUCAUGAUCUCUUCCAGUUCAGCCACACUGCCCGUCACCUUCCGCUGUGCCGAAGAAAAAAACCAGGUGGACAAGAGGAUCACUAGAUUUGUGUUGCCCGUUGGUGCCACAAUCAACAUGGAUGGGACUGCACUCUACGAAGCAGUGGCUGCUGUGUUUAUUGCGCAGUUGAAUGACUUAGACUUGGGCAUUGGACAGAUCAUCACUAUCAGCAUCACAGCCACAGCUGCAAGCAUCGGAGCUGCUGGUGUGCCCCAGGCUGGCCUGGUGACCAUGGUGAUUGUGCUGAGUGCUGUGGGCCUGCCUGCCGAGGAUGUCACCCUGAUCGUCGCUGUCGACUGGCUCCUGGACCGGUUCAGGACCAUGGUCAAUGUCCUCGGUGAUGCAUUUGGGACUGGCAUUGUAGAAAAGCUCUCUAAGAAGGAGCUGGAGCAGAUGGAUGUUUCAUCGGAAGUCAACAUUGUGAAUCCCUUUGCCUUGGAAUCCACAAUACUGGAUAAUGAAGACUCAGAUACAAAGAAGUCCUAUGUCAAUGGAGGCUUUGCAGUGGACAAGUCCGACACUAUCUCCUUCACCCAGACCUCACAGUUCUAGAGCCCUUAGCUUCAGAUGACUGGAGUGAUGAAGGACAUCUCCAUGAGAGUCAUCUCUUAGCGAAUUCAAACAUGAAGAGAAACGCUAAUGGUCAAUUGUACAUGUAGUUUGAUAAACAGACCUCCAGAUUAUUUUCUAUAUUUGGCUUCAUAGCCUUUGUUCUCUGGGUUUUGGGAUUUGGGGUUGGGGUAAGAUAAAAGGAAAUUGAUUAAAAGAAAGUUAUAUUAUCUGGGUUUGAAAAUUUCUAUAAAACAAAGUUUGGAAGUAUAUGAAGUAAUAACUUUUUAGCAUUAGGUAACAGAUGUGGAAGAGAGAUUGCUUUCUCAUGCAUAAUCAGUGAUUUGGGGUUUUUAAAAAUUUCUGUCAUUGGUUACAAAUUUUUACUCAGACUUUCUAUUGGCAUGGAUUUCCUUUGACUUCUCACUUUUUAUAGAUUCUAAUGCAUCUGAACAACCCCACCUGGUCAAUGUGCCAAAUUGUCCAUUUUGAACUCAUCUCCAGCCAGUUUCAAAGACACUGUUUUGGAAGACAAAACAAAACAGACCAGCACAGUUCUGCAAUAACAGUUUUAACUUUAACAUGGGCAUAGCAUUUAGGGAGAAGGGUUCUUUAUUCAAUGUACUGUAUUGGGACGCUGGUAACUGUUAACCCAGUGUUCAGUAUAGAACUAUAUAUAUAUAUAUAUGUAUAUAUUUAUUAUUUUCAUAUAAUUUACAAGACAGAGAUCAGGAUUAAACUGUCAAUGUGAAAUAAGGAACUCUCCUUGUACUUGAAUAACCACAAUUCCAACCCAAGUCUGCUUCACGGCUUAUCAGAACUCCUUUCUCAGGAGCACUAGAAUGAGAAAUCGUGUUGUUUGAUCACUUCACAUCUGUGUGUCAGCCCUAAAGCAGAGAUGUACUAUGGUGAUACUCCAGGGUGGCAUAGCCAUUCAUUUACAAUUCACAGACUUUUUGUGUUUUCUGGAGGAAAUCCACACCAGCCCUCUACAAGAUGAUGUGCAAAGGUGUUGUUCCCAGAAGGCUAGACUUGCUUGGAUCUGACUGGAAAGCUUCAUCCUUCCAAGUUCACUCACACCCACUUAAAGAGGCCAGUAUUUUGCUGCCCUUGGAUUUUUUUAUCCACCAGGGCCCAGACAACAAUGACGAGCUACCAGCUAAGUUGUAUUUUAAUAUAGAUUCCACAGGUUGAACAAGACACAUUGCCUAAAACAGCCAUCCCUACCCUGGGUUCUUGCAAAAUCAAUCCCACAACAUGAAUGGUUCAGGGGAAAUUGUUCCAUCCUCUGACACUUGUCUCCUCCUCCAACACUUGUCUCCUCCUCCAGAGAGGACUAUUCUAACUAGUUAUCUUAGCCCUGCUCUUAAAAUUCUCUACUUGUCAUUCUUCUGCUAAUGAAGGAAGAUAGCUUAUUAGAGUCUGUACUUCAGAUCCCAUCUUGUAAAUAAUGCUUAACAUGAACUUGUACUUACAUGGAGAUAGAUCCAAAAUAGUCAUGUUUUGCAAUAUGUGGUAGCCAACCUAAACCUGUACUUUUAUAUUUUAGAAACCAGAGAUUGUGCCAAAGAUAGCAGAAAAGUAAAUAGUAUUGACCACCUGUACCUGAAAUCUACAAGAAAAUAAUACUGAAAUUGUCAUGUAAACACCAAAGUGAAAUUCAGUGUGAAUUUUAAAAUGCAAAUAUUGGUACUGUUAAUAGGAAUUAAAUCUAAAUAUAAAUGGAGUUGAAUCAGUAAUGUAUUUUUGGACUGAAUGGUUCUAUCCUCUUAUCAGGUGGCUCCAAUUAGUGGCACCAGAGUUGGCAGAGCUCUUCAUGAACUAUGGGUCAUCUUUGUUUUGGAGUUUGUAACCAGCCUCUUAACACACUGUGCUGUUAACUCAUAGAAGAAACAGUGUUCCAUUUCAGCCUCAAUAAACAUUUUCUUCAUUCUUUC